AUGUUGGAGACCAUCCACACCGCCUUCCUCGAGGGGGGCAGGAACGUGUUCCUGACAUUGCCCAAGCUCACUUCGGAGGAGGUCCUUAGUAUUUGGGGCACCGUUUCUGAAUUUGUUGAAAAGCAACUGUCCAUGAAUAAGGGUGUUUCAAUACCAGGACUGGGAACCUUCUCCUUCUUAAGACAGAAGCUUGAAGUUGGCCAUAACAAGUACAUCCUCCUCCAGCGACCUGUGUUUCUUCUCUCUGAGAAAUUGGCACAAAUUCAUGGGCUGAAGUUUAAUAAAAUACACACUCCGGGUGAUAUCCCAAUUGUUCAGCUGAAUUUCAUUGUGUUGUCCCUGGAGGGCCCCUUCAACAGGGAAAUCGUAGAGGGAUGCAUCCGGGAGACACUCCUUUCUUUCUCACGGUCCAUCGCCAGCAAGCAGACCGUCGAGUUCACCUUCAAAGGGAUUGGCGUCCUGGUGAUCCGAGACAACAGGGUGAAAAUGAAAUUCUACAAAGACUUCCUUCAGGCCAUGGAUGGGAGUGGAACCCUUCUGAAAGCCCUUUCAAAUAGGCCAGGGACGGGGGAUUCGGUGUUGUCAGCCAGAGAAGCCAGUCCGCAUUCCCGUGCCUGUAAUAUCGUCACGUUUCCACGGAUUGAGCUGAAGGAAAUGGAAACCAUACCUGAAGAAGAUGAAAAGUCCCAUAAAGAAAAGGAGCAGACGGACAAAGAAAACAGCAAAAAAGAAAAAGUUUCCAUGAAGCGCAUUCUCUCUCGCCAAGUGAUUUCCCCAGCCCAAGUCACGGGGGUCAGUUUGACCGACGAGCUGGAGAAGAACAUGAAGCCCAAGCUUCCUCCUGCAAGGCAAACGACGCCUGUCCCCGACGCCUCGAAGACAGAGCAGGGAGUCAGACCUGCCCAAAUCCCUGUCCCCAGAUCCCGGACUCCACCCCCGGUUUGUCAAGAUCACGGUAGGGCAGGACAGGAAAUGUGCUAUUUGUGCAUGCAGCGUGCUCAGCGGAAUGUUCCUCUGAACCUGAGCGAGGAGCGGAGGAGGAAAGAGAAGGAGGAAGAGAGAAUUCUGGCCCAGUAUCAGGCCCAAAAAGAUCAAGAUGCCCUUCAUAGGCAGCUGAUGCGAGACAUGGCAAACCGAGAGCAAAACCAGAAGGUAGCAGCAUUUAACCUCGGGGUUGCUGAAGCCGUGAGAAGCCAUAAGAACGAAAAACCUACCGAAACCUAUAAAUCCUUCAUUUUCGAGAAGAGGCCCCUUAGCUCCACCCCUCAGCAAAAGCAAGAGGUGUAUUCGCAGCAAUUGGAGAAGCAAUUGGAAGACAAUGUAGCAAAGGAGGUGAAGCGAAAGCAAGAUCAGGACCUGAUCGACCGCCUGGAGCAAGUGCAGCUGGCGGAAGAGUUAGCUGUGCAAAGAGCGAAAUAUCUCAAAGACAAAAUGGAGGAAAUACAAUGUUAUAAGAGGGCAUUGGACACACAGAUCAAGCUGAGGCCUGCUCUGCUGCCACAUUGUGAGCCCAAUUCGGCUGAGUUCGUCUUCGGGAAGAACGACAUGAAUAAGGAGAAGAUGGAAGAGAGAAAGAAGCGAGCCCGGCACUAUUCCAAAUGCCAGUUGCAGGCGUCUGCAGAGCGCAAGCGGGCGGCAAUCCUCAGCCAGCUGAUCGAUCAGAGGAAGGAGGCAGAUAUGAUCCAAAGGGCGAAGAAACAGUGGAUGGCUGAAAAAGGUGAACGGCUUGAGAGGAUCUUCCAGAUGAACCUGGCACUGCAGGACGACUGGCGGAAGAGCGCGGAGCUGAAAAGGCAGAGGGACUACGAAGAGAAGCUCUUUCAGCGGGCCGGGGACAAACUUCUGCUACUUGACCAGUGUGCAAAGUACCGUCGUUGCUAUCAGUGCAAGAGAAGCUUGAGCCACAACGGGGGAACGAAUGUAUGGACAAGUACGAAAUACGUCCCUGGAUCCCGCUUGAUGGUUUGAAGCAACUGGACCUCCCGGUUUCUUCUCUCACCUCUUUUCAUCCCACUGGAGGAAAACUCUUUUCUCCCUGGAAAAACGGAUCCCGUCAACAGGUUUAUGAAACUGUUCUUGCAGCUCUGAGCAACGUCUUUCAAGCCAUUGCAGCGGCUUGCUGGCUUCAGGUUCCUGUCCUGUGGUUGGUAUGUUUUUAUGGAGAAUUAUGUUGAAUUUAAAAAUAAAGAAAUGAAUGACA